ACACUUGAUGGUGGUUUAGAAUAUUGGUCACCAAGUGUUUGUGCACAAAUAAACAACUCUUAAACGUCUUAGAUUGCUUUCUUUGUUCAAAUGAAAGAAUCCCUUUAUUGGUUAAAGUCAAGAGGCGUAUCUACCAAAAUAUUGCAAGGUGUUCGUUCCAUAAUGGAUGAGCAGUGAUGACAUCAACGGUACAAACUUCUGUUCCAUCUCCAUCAUUUUAUAUUUGUACUAGCCUUCAUUCCAAAGGCGUCUGCGAUGCAGUAUAUAUAGAAUGAAUUAAAAGAUGAAGCUCACAAUUGCCUUUUUUGGGGGAGCUCCUAUUUGAUCAUCAAGGCUUACAGAGGAAGAGAAGCAAGGUGAUUUGCCUUAAGGAGAUGCUGCAACAUAAGAAGGUGAAAAUCUUUGGGUUUGAAUUGAACACUUGCGUUGAUGGGAGUCUUGAUGUAGAUGGGUGCUCUAAAAACAUUGAAAAAAAGAAAGAUGAUUGUAGUGAUGGCUGUAAAGCAGAGGAGGCAAGCAGAGGGAAUGGAAAAGACGACAGGAAGUAUGAGUGCCAAUUCUGCUUCAAGGAGUUCGCCAAUUCACAGGCUUUAGGAGGACACCAAAAUGCUCACAAGAAGGAGAGGCAGAUGAAGAAGAGGCUGCAACUGCAAGCAAAGAAGGCAAGCCUCAAUUGCGCUUUCCUUCAUCCUCUGCAAGGUUAUGGCUUCAAAAGGCACGCUGCUGUUGCUCCAUGGGGCUAUGAUCCCAAUUUUUAUUUGAAUGAUUUUGUCAUCUCGCACACUACUGAUUCCAGCCACCCACCAUCUUCUUGUAUCAUGGACGAAUCCCCGGCCGAGUUCAAGCUAGGAACCUCUGACGGCAGCAUGCGUUUCAGUAGCUUCUUCAUACCAAGCUCAUUGCCACCGUCUUCUGCGUCGUCAGUGAGAGAUGUGUUGGACUUCAGCACAGCACAGAUCAAGAGCUCCAAAGAUAGAACUGCCGAUAAACCUCUGCCUCUUACGAAAUCCCAUGCACAUAAAUAGACUACUGGAUGCCAAUUGUAAGGACAACAGGAGAAAAGAUUCUGAUCUAUAGAGUCAUGCGCUGUAACUGUUUCUUGUUACCCAUAUAUACAUACAAAUGAAGGAGUUCGUGUUUA